GUGACCUUCCUGUGUGGAAUCCCGGGAAUACAGAGGACGGGGACAUCUCUCUGGUGGGUUCCCCAUGACUGGAUCCAUCUAGAUCCUUGUGUCCUUCUAAAUACUCCCACUCCUCCAUGGAGAAAUAGACAGUGACACCCUGACACCUUAUAGGAACCUGACACACACAAUGAUACAGUCACCAUCCAGACACAUCCCUUGUCUGUUACUGGAGAAUGUCCCAGAAUUCCCGGCACCGCUCACCUCUCCUGUCAGCAGCUCAGUGAUCUCUCUGGUGACUUCUAGAAUCUUCUUCUUC